AUGUUACAAGAAUUAAUCAAACUGGUUAUUAGCUAUAUGUUACUAAGUAUACAAAUUGGAAGUUGUACAAGAGCUGUGAAAGAGCUGAAUAAAGAACUUUUUGAACACUGGGAUGAUACACUAAGAGCCAGUGUACCUGCUAUAACGUAUUUUAUCCAGAAUUACUUGCACAAUUAUAACGCCAAAUAUAUGGAUGCAUCAGUUCGAAUGGCACUUAGUCAAAUGAAGUUGAUAUCUACAGCUUUUUUUUGGGUAGUAUACUUAGACAUCGAUCUUUCACCGCUUCAGUGGAUUGCCUUAACACUUCAACUUACUGGAGCUACCUUAGUACAAAUGGAUCGUAAAACAAAAAGAGGAGAAGAAUCAAGAAUGGCACAAAGAAUGGAAUUUUUGAUGGCAUUACAUGCAGCCCCAGAAGCAGACAGCAAGGAACAACGAAUUAUAAUUGGACUUAUGAUUGAACUAAGUGGAGUCUUAAUUUCCGGUUUUUCAGCAGCAUAUUGGGAAAGAUUGCUGAAGCGAAGGAGAAAAGUAUCCAUAUGGCUACGAAAUACUGAACUCGCAUUUUUCUCAAUUCCACUUAGCUUUGCAACGAUAUUGUUGACGCAAGAUGAUGGUAUAAAAUUGUUUAAAGAUGGUUCACUAAUUUAUUUUGACUCUAUUUAUUGGAUAACAAUUGCGUUAAGAGCACUGGUUGGUCUAUCGGUUGGGCUCGCCAUUAAAUUUGGCAGCAGUUUACUGAAAGCAUUCACCGGUUCCAUAGCCAGUGUUUUUUUCGGUAUAAUUGCAAUUUUUGCGUUCAAGUUUAUACCAACAAACCAAUUUUUCCAAGGUGCAUUUCUAUCACUUAUAGCGCCAAUAAUUUUCACUGCAUUUCCACCUGAACAGGAAAAAUUUAAACCUAGAAAAUCGGUACAUUUUCUAGAUGUUUAA